AUGAACUUCUUGCGACGCGUGUUCGGUGGGGGUGACAAGGCCGAGGCCAAGGCGGAGAAGGGCAAGGAGAAGGCCAAGGAGAAGGCCAAGGAGAAGGCCGAGAAGCCGGCCAAGGCGGCCGCUGAAAAGGCGGAGAAGGCCGCCGCCGAGCCCAAGGCGAAGGAGGCCAAGCAGGAGAAGAAGGAGAAACCGGCCAAGGCCGCCGCUGCGGCUCCGGACUCGCCCAAGGAGGAAAAGAAGAAGAAGGAUACGCCCAAGGCGGCCGCCCCCGCCGCUUCGUCGUCUUCGUCGUCGUCGUCGCCCUCGGGCGGGGACGCUGCGGAGACGCUGAAGGUGGACAAGGACCUGCACUGCUACAUCAUCGGACCCAAGGGCGCCACCAUCAAGCAGCUCCAGGCCGACACCGGCGCGCGGAUCGAGGUGCCGAAGGAUGGGUCGAACAAGGUGACCAUCACCGGCAGCGCCGAGGCCGUCGCACAGGCCAAGGCCGAGAUCAAGAAGAUCGUCGACGAGCAGUCCGCCCGCAAGGCCGCCAUCGUCACCCCGGAAGAAGCCGAAGAGCAGUCCCAGCGCAACGAGGAGGCGUACCAGGCGGCCAAGAAGAACGUGGACAAGCACGCGCAGCUGAGGGACAAGUACUUCAAGGAGGCCGAGGAGGCCUACGCCGCCGGCGACAAGGACAAGGCCCGCGAGCUGCGAGAGAAGGCCAAGGGCGAGACCGCGAAGAUGGAGGAGGCCCAGGACAAGGCCGCCAGGGAGGUGUUCGAUAAAGUGAACAAGGGCAAGGGCAUCGCUGCCAUCGACCUGCACGGUCAGCAGGUCAAGCCCGCCAUGAAGCUGCUCGAGGAGCGCCUGGCAACUCUGGCCGCCAAGCACCCUGACGUCAAGGAGCUGUCGGUAAUCACCGGAGCGGGCAACCACAGCGGCAAGGAGGGACCCAAGAUCAAGCCGGCAGUGGAGAAGUACUUCCAGGAGCACAGCAUGACCUACAGGCACGAGAAGAACGGCGAGCUCGUCCUCACCCUGUAA